AUGGAAAACGUACGAACGGAGGAUAAUUUAAAAAAAAACGAAACCGACGAUAGGAGAAACUUAUUAAAAAUACCAUUUGCGGAUGAACCGACGGGUACCGGUGCCCAUACCGGGUCUCAUACCGGUCCUGGUUCCGGUCCUGGACGAGGAACCAUAUUCGGUACGGGUAGUGGUGGUGGUAGAACGCCGAAUUUUCCACCACCCGUUUUUAUGUGGUGUCCAACAAUCGGACUACCACCCUGGUGUCCAGCAUUUUUUCCAACUGGAAAUCAAUUCGAUGACCUCGUGACAUUUGACCUUUCUUAA